UAGCAGCCAUAGCCAUACGUGCUAUUACUCAAUUUCUUUGAUUUGAAUUUGAUGAAGUGAAAACACUAUCACCCUAAAAAAACCAAACUCUGCCUUACGUAGAGUUGCCAGAGUAGGAUUAACCGCCCCAAGUACUUUUUUUACCCAAGGGUUUGCUACUUCAGGCCUUUUAACUCACACGCAUAUAUAUAUAUAUUAAGAAACAAAGUUUGUUCAUUUAGGCAUUUUGCUGCUGUUUUUUUUUUUUUUUUUUUGUGUUCUUCUAAUUCUUGAAAUAUUAAUAACUCAUUAAUAUUUGUAAAACAAUUAUGAUCAGCUGAACCAAACUAACUAUGGGUCUGCUGUUGCAUGUGCUGCAAAGCAAUUUUCCGGCAUUACUAACCCCUUAAAUCUUGGAGCUGCUGGCAAUUGUAGAAGGGUUGCUUUUGGGCACUGCUAAUGGUUUGCUUAACAUUUUGAUCAGAAGUGAUUCUCUGCAAUCAAUUCAAGUGAUCAACAAGUGAAAUCAAGUCCAUUACUGAUAUUUUUGUUUUGUCAAACAAAUAGUUUUAGCUCCUGCACUUUUUCAUUUUGUAAAUGGCAAACUGAAUUGCCUGCCUCCCUGUCUCCAGUAGUUGGCUUGUUUGUGCUGGGUCCAUUGUAGCCCUCCUGUUAUGUAAUUUUCAUGCUGCCUAUGUAAUGAAUCUAAAGUUCUAUCUUGGUUUAAAAGAAAGUAUUUUGCCAUCAUCAACAAUAAGAAAGAACCAUAAAUUUAAAAGCCAAUGCAGCCUGAACCUGGUCAGAAGGUUACAACUAAAAUUUUCAACUACCAUCCUCACUUCAUGAAGGUCCACUUCAAAGUUUAUAGCUCACAAAUGCAAGCAAUAUCAACACAGUAAUCAAGUAAUUGUUGUUGAUCUCUCUCACCCACUAAAUACCAUGCAAAUGGGUUUCCGAAAUUGUCAAUCAGGUAAUGUUAAGCUACUGAAAGUAAUUGAUUAUUUGGUGGCGGAUUAUUACCUCAUGUCACCAGAUGUCCUGAACCACUAGACGAUUGGGCCGCAUUGCGCUACUGCAACAGCCUACUAACCCAACGCCUCUCUAGCAUCAGCGGGCUGCCCAAUUCCUCCUUCCAUUCAGCAACUCGAGGGCCUCUGCUAUAGUUGGAUUUCUGCUGCUAUAUUCUAGCUGCUUUUGGUGGAUUCCUCCAAGUAUAUAAAGUACCGAAUGAUGAAAGUACAGCAUAUAAAUUGACUCUUAACAAAUGGUCUUCCUAUCAUUGCUAAGUAGAGAACAAGGUUUCCAAUUUCUGUGCAGAUGCCGAAGAGGAUUCAAUUACCAGCAAACAUUCAGUCUAGUGAAUGUUAAAUUGAAAUGGGUGAAAGAUAGAGCAUUGGAUACUCUUGUGGCUGGUCAGACAGAUCUUAAAGCAACCUGCCUCCUUACGUCCAUCAUCUCCUCAGCUCCUCUUUGCUGCCUUCCGAUAUAUCAUCUCACUCCACACCGCCGACAGCUAUGUCUACCCCAUGAUCUUAAGCUCUCUACAUUUAUCAGAAGAUAUCCUACUAUCUUCCAAGAAUCUCACAUUCUUGAUAGCGGAGGUACUCGGGUUCCCUGCUUUCAGUUGACCCCUGAAGCCUCAAAUAUACAUAAAGAAGAAUUCCAAAUCCUUCAGCAGAACCAAAUGGAUCUCAUUCAAAGACUUUGCAAACUGCUCAUGCUCACAAAGGAUAGGAUCCUUCCAUUACAAACAAUUGACCAGCUAAAAUGGGACUUGGGAUUGCCUUAUGAUUAUUGUAAUACCUUGAUUCCGAAUCAUCCUGAUUUAUUUUCUUCAGUUCGACUCCCUGACGAUCGUAUUGGCUUAAAACUUCAAAUGUGGGAUGAUACUCUUGCUGUCUCUCAGUUGCAGAAGAAUGCGGCAUUCCAACAAAAAGAAGAAGAUGUGAAAAGUGGUUGCUUAGCAUUUCCAAUUCGAUUCACAAGGGGUUUUGGCUUGAAGAGGAAGUGCAUGGAAUGGUUAGAGGAGUGGCAGAGCCUUCCUUAUACUUCACCUUAUUCUGAUGCCUCACAUUUAGAUCCACGUACGGAUGUAUCUGAGAAGAGGAUUGUUGGAGUCUUUCAUGAACUUCUCCACCUCACAAUACAGAAGAAAACUGAGCGUAAGAAUGUAAGUAAUCUCCGUAAAUCAUUGUCUCUGCCUCAGAAGUUCACUAAAGUGUUUGAGCGCCAUCCUGCAAUUUUUUAUAUCUCUAUGAAGUGUGAUACUCAGACUGUUGUUCUCAGAGAAGCAUAUGAUGGUCAACAACUCUUGCAAAAACAUCCUCUAGUUGAUAUCAGGGAAAGAUAUGCAAGCUUGAUGAGUAGAGGGCUUUUAGACAGAAGUAGGGGCUUAUACAAGAAAAAUACAACAGCUAGUCUAGAAGACUCAUUAGAGGUUGUCCAAGGCAAUGAACCCCGCCAAGACGAUUCUUGCUGAAUUGUAAUGUUGGUGCAGUUAUUGUUACUUGGAAAUCAUUUUAGUUGUGAUUUCCAGCGCUUGAUUUUUAUUAAAUCUCUAAACCUUAACGAUUGGGUAUAGUUGGUUACCAGCAAUACAUUAUUAAAAUGUUUUUAAGGUUUCUCAA